AAUAAGAAAAAAUCAUGUAUUUUUAUGAUUUCCGUUUAUGAGGUUAUGUAUUUCUGAAAUUUUGACGUUUUGGAGUAGGAGGCCCAAAAAAUUUAUAUUGUAAACAAGAAUCGGUAGAAUCUACCUUGGGUUAAAUUAGACUGCAGUUUUGUUUUAUAAGUCAUCCGACCCUACCGGCACUACAAGAUUGACACCUAUAAAAUUACUGCGGUGAAUGGAUGAUUUUAUGAAAAAAUCCAAAUGCGACGUUUCCGACGCUGUGCAUCCGAGGUUUGCAAGUAAAAAAGAACCUGAGGAAGUUAAUAAAUAUCAAGUAGAAAAUGAUUACUUCUGUAUUCAAUGCAAGGAAUUCUUUUACCCUAGUGUAGAAGGCCUAAAGAUACAUUUCGAUGGGGCUAUUGUUGAGCAUAAACCGUUUGGAGACUGUUUCUAUUGCAGUGGAAAAGUUUAUGAAUAUAGAUUCAGAAAUAACAGGGAAUUCUUUCAUGACUGUCCAAACCCACACUAACAAUACUUACAUGUGAUUGCUCAUUAGUUUGUAAAUUGAUUGUGUACAAAAUGUCAGAAAAACCAACAUAACUAUGUUUUGUAAUUAAAAGAAAUUAGGCUAUACCUUGAAUCUUUUUUAUUCAUAAAAGAUAUUAUUCUACUAUCAAAAUGAAAUUGCCACUGUUCAAGAAUCCUGAAAUGCAGUUUUCUGCUACAACUUUCUUUGCUAAGCAACAUAAAGGAGAAACUUGUGGUUCUAAUGGACUUCCUUUAACACCCAACUCCAUUAUUAUAUUUGGAAGAGCUCAAAUAUUAAAAACGAUAAUUCAUCCUUAUCUGUGUGAAUACCUCGAUAUAAUUCGUGGAAAGCAUGAACGAACUAUAAUAGUAUCGCAGUAUUGUGGAAAACCCUUAUCAGAUAUUGUUGGAAAAGAAGCCCUUUCUGUUGAUUAUGUAAAGAAAAUAGCCUUUCAACUUUUUACUGCUGUGAAUGUACUGCACAAAAAGAAGAUGGUCCAUAGGAAUUUAAGUCCAGAAAAUAUUUUAAUGCAGAAUUCUGGUGAUAUAAAAUUAUUCAAUUAUGGACUUUAUUACAUGACAAAUAAUGGAGCCUUAGUGUCCUUUCCUAUAAUGCAAUUGUGUUAUUCUGCUCCUGAGGUGUAUGUGAUGUCUCCAACAGAGAAUAUUUGUUGUAGCAAAGUAGACAUCUGGUCCAUUGGAAUAAUUCUAGUUGAGCUUCUAUUUAACAAACAAGUUUGGAGUUCUUUAAAAUUACCCCAGAAGAUAAGAAAAGUACUGAGUUUUUACCAGUGUGGAACUUCAAUUUUCGAGAAGAUAGCAAGAGAACACAACUGUUAUGAAAUGUAUCAAAACUUACCUGAUGAUAUGAAAAAUAUUAUUGAGAAGUGUCUGCAAAUAAAUCCUCAAGAUAGGCCAACAUGCGAAGACUUCCUCGCGCUUGAAAUUUUCGAAGAAUUCAAGAAUGUCAAAGUGGAAAACCCAAGUAAAGUCUGUGAACCAUUUCAACCUUUCACCCUGAGAGAGUUAUUCCAUUGGUGGAAACUAGCUGGUGGAGAUGUCUUUCUGGAACUCAAGAAGCAAGGUCUGAUACGUUCAACACCUCCAAUCUUAUCUCUACCCUGUUUGGUCACUUUGGAUGGCACCAUCAAAGGGCAAGGUAGGAACCCAGCAACUUUAUACGACCCUAGAAUUGUCCACAUGAGUCUUGAAACUUUAUACGAACGUUUCAAACACAUUCCGUUCAACGCUUGCUACCCUUUGCUACAUACCAAGUCUGAUAUUAUUUCUUCCUACGAUCCCCCUCCAUAUGACACCAAAGCUUUACCCCUGGUCAUCAAAGAAAAAGACCCCGAAUACCAAUUCCACAGGAUAAUUUUAUUCAGGAGAUUGCUCCAUGGCUAUCCAUUCACCAAAGACAUGAUCAGAAAAGAGGCUCAGAAAGACAUACCUCCACUUUUAAGGGGAGAAAUUUGGGCUGCACUUCUUGACAUUGAGGCAGACUACCAAAAAACUUACAUUGUUAUCGACAAAGAAACUGUUACAACAACGGACAGACAGAUCGAGGUUGAUAUACCUCGUUGUCAUCAAUACAACGAGCUGUUGUCUUCAGCGGAUGGCCAUAUUAAGUUGCGGAGGAUAUUGAAGGCUUGGGUGCAGAAGAAUACCCAGUAUGUCUAUUGGCAAGGUUUGGACUCCCUCACGGCCCCGUUCUUGUACCUCAAUUUUAAUGACGAAGCCAAGGCUUAUGCUUGCUUGUCGGCUUUUGUACCAAAAUACGUCCAUAAGUUUUUCCUGAAGGAUAAUUCUGCGGUUAUAAGGGAAUAUUUAGCCAAGUUUUCGCAACUCAUAGCUUUUCAUGAUCCAGAGCUAGCAAAUCAUCUGUUCAACAUCAAUUUUUAUCCUGAACUGUUUGCGAUACCCUGGUUUUUGACUGUGUUUUCUCACGUUUUUCCCCUGUAUAAGAUUCUGCAUGUUUGGGAUAACCUUCUAUUGGGAGAUUCUUCAUUUCCUUUACACAUAGGAUUGUCCGUAUUGACACAGUUGAGGGUUAAAUUGUUAACGGCCGGGUUCAAUGACUGCAUUCUACUUUUUUCUGAUUUACCUGAGGUAGAUAUCGAAAAGAGCAUAAACUAUUCCAUUGAUACGUUCAAGAAAACUCCUAAGAGUAUUACAGCUAGAGAACACCAGAACGAAACUUACUACAACAAGACUGAAUAUGAUAUUUCCGGAGUUACUUUGGAGGACUUGACAAGAGAGAGAUGUCCAAGAAUAAGUGCUGCUGAUUUAGUGCAGCUGUUACGAAACUCUCCGGAUAGAAUUAUUGUAGUCGAUAUAAGGAACCCAAUUCACUAUUCCAGAUGCUCUGUGCAAGGAAGUAUCAACAUUCCUUCCUCCAGUGUUACUUUCGGUGAAACAAAUAUCGAGAGCAUUGGAAACCAUGCUCAAAUUCUGAAGAAUAGCAGUGACCAAAUAGUUGCAAUCGUGGGUUCUGCCGAGACUGACCUAGAGCUCUUCCCCAAAUUUUUGUUGAACUGUGGAAUAAGCCAGGUUUGUGUUCUGCACGGUGGUUUUGAUGUUUUAGCAUCUGUAACUCCUACAGUUUUGGUGUCGCAAAAAUUUGAGGCUUAAAAAUGAGUGCAACUGUAUCUACCUUAUUUGUAUUCAAAGUUAUAUUUGUCUGGGAUAAUUGUUUUUAAAUAAAAAGGAAUGUGAAAUCUCAAAUAUAGAAUUUAUAUGAAAUUUGUAAUGUUGAACCAUUAUUUCUAUUAAAUAUAUACUUGAUUUAUUUAUAUGUAAAUUGGAAAAGAUAUAAUUAAACGUUUUCAAAAUUGGA